AGAUUUUGUCUGUUUUCUGUCAGUUAUGGCUGACGAUGAUCAUGACAAUCAAUUUGAUACCGUGGAUUCGGGCGCUUCAAAGACGUUUCCCAUGCAGUGUUCGGGUCUGCGCAAGAACGGCUACGUAAUGCUGAAGGGACGUCCCUGCAAGAUUGUCGACAUGUCCACCUCAAAGACGGGGAAGCAUGGACAUGCCAAGGUUCAUCUAGUGGGCUUGGACAUCUUUACCCAGAAGAAGUACGAGGACAUUUGCCCCUCCACCCACAACAUGGAUGUGCCACAAGUCAAGCGCGAAGACUUCCAGUUGACCGACAUUAGCGAUGAUGGCUAUGUGACACUUCUGUCGGAGAAUGGGGAUCUGCGCGAGGAUCUCAAAGUACCCGAAGGCGACCUGGGUAGCACUCUACGCGAAGACUUCGUCAAUGGCAAGGAACUGCUGUGCACUGUGCUGGCAGCCUGUGGCGAAGAGUCCAUCAUUGGCAUGAAACUAAAUACCGGAUUGGACAAGUAGAAUUUU